AUGGCAACCCCACUCAUCUAUAUACACUUGGAUCAAAACGACCGCCGUGUCUUUGAUCACGGGCUCUCGGAUGAUGUCGAAAGAUUCGCAUUCAUCAGCUUUUUCGAACACGUCGAGCGCGACUUUACGAAAAAUAGACGUCCUCGAACUGGCAAUGGUCGAGUUGCACUGUGGAAUAAGUGCUCUCGUUCAUACUGGUUGCGUCACGCGCGCACCUCGCAGCCUCUGCCUCCCAUCCUUCGCCCAACCUGGACACCGCCUGUAGCGCAUCCCCCGCUACCUCCACCAACACAACCCCCAAAUCCACCGACUCCAAAAACACCGGUAUUGAGUCUGGUUGCGCCAAUUCUGUCAAGUGUAACGUCCAUCGCUCCCGUGAAUGCACCACCAUUACACCCUCUGAAGCUCGUCGCACCUGUUCCUGGAGGAACCAUUGACAUAACACCGGUGGAGCAACAUCUGGACCAGGGCACGAAGAUAGUACGAGAGGGUAAUCUUGAUGAGCUCACCCAUGAUCUCGAACGUCCUGCUAAACGCCGCCUUACUAAUAUUGGUGGUGAGCGAUGUCCACAAUUUGUUCUGUACAACAGCGUCGAUGGCAAAGAGCGGAGUAAGAAUUGCCACACCCUUCCACCAGCGAGAGAACAGCGUCUGUUCGUUCAACGUGUUCUUGGGGGCAACUGGCGUUUUGCAAAAACACUCAGUCAGCGAUCACUUCGUGCGCCCAAGCAAGGAUCAAAAGCUGGGUUUCCAGAUGUGUCUACUUUUCUCUUCGCGAAGGUUGAUGAUGCCGGCAUUAUCGAAGACCGCGUUGCUGUCAAGUGCAAAGACGUCUCGAUCAAGGCAGACGCCAGCCAGGGGCAAGUGGAGCGCGAAGCCACUGCGGCAAAUGCUAUCAGGGCAACCGGUUGUCGUCAUUUGCAACACCACUUACAUCUUGGAGAACACAAGGAGAACCAGACACUGAAUUUUCACCUUGAAGGCCACAACGAUCAGGAUGCGUGGCAACUCAACUAUCAGAUUUCCCAAUACGCGCCUCAUGACGAUCUCCACACGCUCAUCAGGAACCACGAGAAGGCGAAGCAAGUCAUUCCGGAACAUUUCUGCUGGUUUGUUUUCCAAUCUAUUGUGGAAGCCCUCAUCACUUGCCAAACUGGUUACUGCGGCGAAAUUCACCCAACACCUCUCGAACCCACAUCUCGUCGACCGGGAUGGAGGAGGAUACUGCAUCUGGACAUCAAAGCCGAGAACAUAUUCCUUGCCGGACCCGACUCGAAAUAUGCCUUCUACCAGCAACCUGUACUUGGGGAUUUGGCGACUGCAUUGUGCCUGCAUCCCAACCAUGUGCAACGCAAGAACCAGCUCUCCAGUGUCCGUUUUGAAGGUAAGCAGUACAUGCAGGCUCCAGAGCGGUGUAUGCAGUACAAGAAGAGCAAGGAUUACGCUCCAGCGACGUGGGACUUGGAUCAUUCUACGGAUAUCUAUACGCUUGGCCUGUUGAUUCGUUACAUGAUGAUGUGCACAAGAGUCACACCCGAAAAGCCCAUCGAUACAUACCUAGGAAAGCUAGAGGCGGAUGCUUUUGCUGCGGAGGCCAAGGGUUUGCCCAACGUCAAGGAAUAUCAGUUCAAGGACAACAACUACCCGUCUGUUUAUAGCCCAGCUCUCAAGGAUACUGCCUUGCGUUGUCUGGCCUUCCGGCAGAGGUAUGACCCUUCGAAGCCGAGCAAGAAGUAUCGUCCUACUCUUUUCGAACUUCGCGAUAUCAUCGAAAAGCACUUGUCUGCGCUUGACAGCAAGCACCUCAAAGACGUGGAGACAACGCAGUCAGACCCGAGGAAUACCUAUCGCGUCCUCUUUCCUGAAGAAGACCAGCGCUUUGCUAUUGGCGCCGAAACGCAACCGAUCCCGCCAGUCAACAUCUCUCAACUAGUCGAUCGCGAGGCCAAGGACAGCGACAAGCAAAAUGCGCAUGAAGUCUGGUCAUCCUACCGAAACCAGUACGAAUCAGGAAGCGGAGAGAACGCAUCUCCAAGUACUUCCAGCAUGGAGAUCAUUCUCGAUGAUCUCAACGCGCGAGCGCGCACGCAACUCACCGAGAUGACAAAGAACGUCGGAGAUGUCUCAGCGCGCCAGACUGUCUUCAACGCCCUGCAACACGCCAAUAACACGAUGCUCAAAUGCAUCAAUCCCACUAGUACGUUCAAGCAACUUCGCCAAAAGUUGCGAUCGGAUUUCUUUGCGCCGGCCAAGAAGAGGGAGAUGCUCACCCAGUUCUUGGGGUGUAGCAAGGAAAUCAUGACAGAGUUGACAAAUGAAGCAGAAAAGCUUCAAAAGUCAAAAGAUCAAGUCGAAGAAGAAAUCGCUGCUGCUCAAGAGACUUUGCGAUCAGCCCAAGGCGCCGACGUCCGAGAUGAGGCGAAGGUCGAUCGUUUGACGGUUGAGCUGAAGUACCUGGUUGACAAGAAAGAUUUGAAGACCAGUGAAGAGGCGGUCUUGCAGGACAAGAUCGCUUCAGUGAAGCUGUUUCGCGAGGCAGCAGAAUUGGGUGAGGCUUUGCUGGUGCUUGGGGAGGAAUUCUGGCCUAGUGGAGAUAUCUCCCAGGAGGAAGAGCACUGGAUGCCGGAAGUAUCUCCAAUUCAUAGAGGCGUCUGGGAGUAUUUCUUUGCCAGGCCAGAUGGAGUUUUUGAAUGA